AUGGGAUGCUUCCAUGGAUGCCUCUCCGUGCUCCAGUGGGCUCAGCCGCUGCCUGCGACUGGGACCAUCACAGCUACGUCCACGGCUGCCACGGGGCAACGAUUGCUGCUGGUUCGCCAUGGAGAAAGUGAGUACAAUGUACAUUAUGCGAAGCAUCACCAGGACCCAGGUGACAUGUGGGAUGCGCAAUUGACUUCCAAGGGUGAAGAACAAGCAGCAGAAUUAAAGCCUUUGAUGUCCCGUGAACACGUGGACCUAGUUGUUAGUUCACCCUUGACACGUGCCAUUCAGACCGGCUUGUUGGCAUCUCCUCCAGGGCAUCACGUGGUCACAGCUUUGGCCAGCGAACACCUGGAAGCCUCAUGUGACAUCGGCAGGCCGACCUCGGAACUGCGUGCAGCCUUUCAGACAGUGGACUUUGGAGAUUUACCAGAGGUCUGGUGGUAUGUGCCAGAGGAAUGUCGUCAAGACAUCACUGUGCAAGAGUCAAGGCGCUUGUUCGCUAAAGAAGGCCGCCGCGAAUCUCGCCGCGACUUCGAGCGACGCGUGGAUCUCUUCGUGGCAUGGCUCAGCCACCGUCAGGAGAAGGUCAUUGCAAUUUUCGCGCACGCAGACUUUUUCAACUGCUUUUUGCACAGAUACUUCGGUGAGAAAGAGGCGCGCUACAGCGAUUACUGGAUGAAGAAUUGCGAGGUGCUGCAGCUGGAGCUGCCAGAGCCUCUGCUGCCCAUGGCAGAGCGUGUACCAUCGCUGCCUGCAGCUGCACUCGCAGACACAGAGGAGAAGGUGCAGGUGCACACGCCUACUCCAAGCCGAGCCAGUCACGCGCUGGAAGCUCUACGCCAGGAGGGAUUGGCAAUGCUGUGUACCAGCUUUUUGGGCGGAAAUCCUACGAGCUGA